AUGAUCUCCAGAAAGAUCUUAUGUAUUCUGAUUCUGUUAUCGUUGUCACUAAACACCAUCCAUGUUCUUGCCGAUGACUCAGACGACAAGGACUCUAAGAAGGACUCAAACUCAGACAAAAAAGACUCGGGCUCGGACGAGCCUGAAUCCUUUUUAGUAUCUUGUGGCUCCGAAAAUGAGGUAGAAGAUUCCUCAGGCCGGAAAUGGUCCCCCGAUUCCAAGUUCCUAAACUCUUCCGACUUCUCAUCGACGGAACAGCUCAACAAAACUGACCCGACUCUCCCCUCCGAAGAUCCCUACAAGUCGGCACGAAUCUUCAACGCCACAUCCUCUUACAUUUUCUCAGUCACGACCACAAAACGCCUCUGGAUCAGACUCCACUUUUAUCCAUUCGAAUACUCCAAGAUCGAUCCAGCCAAGGCCUAUUUCUCCGUCGCCGCAAACGAGUUCACUCUCCUCAAAAACUACAGCGCUUUCACAAAUGCCGCAGCUCUCACCAUGGCCUACAUUGUCAAAGAGUUCUCACUCACUCCUAGCACAUGCGGGAACCUCAACAUCACAAUCACACCGUCUCCGCAACCGGAGGGCGCAAUCGGUUUCCUCAACGGCAUCGAGGUGAUUCCGAUGCCGGAUGUUUUCAAGACAACUCCCUUGGUCGGCUUCCAUGACCAGACUAUCGAGGUCCAAAACUCCUCCGUACAAACCAUGUACAGAGUCAACGUCGGCGGAGAUUAUGUUCCGCCAACGGAGGACGCUGGUGGGAACCGAACAUGGUACGAAGACGGUGGCUACUUAAUCGGUUCCCCCAACACUAAAUACGGCGUCAUCAGCGACGCCGAUAGCAACAACGUCACCAUUAAGUACGACGGAGAUGAAUACAUGGCCCCAGAAGCUGUUUACAAUACCGCGAGAUCAAUGGGGCCGAGUCCAAACGUGAACCUCAAUACCAACCUGACGUGGGUUUUCGACGUCGAUGCCAACUUCACGUACGUCGUGAGAUUGCAUUUCUGCGACUUUGAGCUGGAACUGACGAACCAGAGAGCGUUUGAUAUCUAUCUCAACAACCACACGGCGCAGGAAGGCGCCGACGUGAUAGCGUGGGCCGGCGGGGGCGGCUCCUCCGGGAAAGGGAUCACUGUUUUUAAGGACUACGCGAUUUAUUUGAAUGAUCGCAAUAAUGGGAAUGAGCAGAUUUGGGUGGCGUUGCACCCUAAUGAGAAAUCAAAGCCUGAAUACUAUGAUGCGUUGCUUAAUGGAUUAGAGGUCUUCAAGAUCAACGACACAUGUGGGAAUUUUGGAAGCGAAUAUCCGGUGCCGGUAAGACAUUACAGCUACAGCGAGGAGUUUCUGGAGAAGACAAAAGAUGAAUGCAAGCUGAUAGGAGAUCAAGACACUGACGAUAACUGA